AUGUUCUUGAAGGAGCAGUUCAACCAGCGCGCUACACCGAUCCCGUCGCCUGGAGUCCCACGCAAGACUCCGAUACUAUCUCGCCUGCACCCUGCCACAACAAGAGUCGCGCAGAGCUCUCAACGAAGCAAAAAGAGCAAGGAACUCGAUCUCGGACAACUUAUGGUCCUGGAAAUCGGAAGUCACCACCGCAAUGAACCGCUCUCCGUUUUUCGGACUUCGACAGUGUUCAGAGACUGUAGGCUACCAUGCCGUAACAGAUCCGGUGCCGUCAACUAA